CAGGGUCAUACGAUGCCGUUUCGGGUAAGCCUUUUUCUUCUUCAACACAGUCCCUGCUCCACUGUAAAACCCUAGCUAAACCUCGCGAAUAGAACGGUGAAUUCAUUUUGUUAGAACUAAGAAAACUCUUAAACCCUAAUAAAACCACUGCAAUGGAAGAAGAUUUAGUAAUAGCAUCAUCCUCAAUCGACGGCGGCAUCGGUUGCUGGGACCUGCAAACCGGCGCUGAGCAAUUGCGUUAUAAAUCGUGCGCCUCUCCUCCUCACGGCCUUAUCUGCAUAGAUUCCCGCCUUCUUGCCUCUUCGCAGCUCCGAGACGCUCAUGCCUCAUCUGGCUCUAUUCUUUACUGGUCAUGGUUAAAGCCGCAAGUUGAGGUUAAAUGCUUCCCAGAAGAGCCGAUAAAACCGCUUAUUUCUAACAGAGAAGGAACUUAUUUAAUCGGAGGAGGAUUAUCCGGUCAUAUUUACCUUUGGGAGGUUACAACUGGCAGAUUGCUUAAGAAAUGGCGGGCUCAUUAUAGGGCUGUAACGUGUUUGGUGUUUACUGAGGAUAAUUCUUAUUUUGUUUCUGGUUCGGAGGAUGGUUCUGUUAAAGUUUGGUCACUUCUCAUGUUGUUUGAUGAUUAUCAAACAGAGCAGGCUAGCCAGCUCUAUGAAUACAGCUUCUCAGAGCAUACUUUGCGUGUAACUGAUGUAGUUACAGGUUAUGGGGGUGGAAAUGCGAUUAUUGUUUCAGCUUCCGAGGAUCGAACGUGUAAGGUGUGGAGCUUAUCUAAGGGGAGAUUGUUGAGAAAUAUUAUUUUUCCUUCAAUCAUUGAUUCUCUUGCGUUAGACCCUGGUGAACAUGUCUUCUAUGCUGGCUGUAGAGAUGGAAAGAUAUACAUUGCGGCACUUAAUGCUGAUAGUUCCUCUAGCAAAAGUGAUUGGCUGCAUAUUAUUGGUUCAUUAUCUAGUCAGAGCAAGCCUGUUACUUCCUUAGCUUUUAGUACAAAUGGAAAUUUAUUGCUAGCUGGAUCAGAGGAUGGUAUCAUUCGAGUUUGGGAUUCCAGAAGCCAUAACAUUGUUCGCACCUUUAAACAUGCAAAAGGUCCUGUGAAUAACAUCCAAAUUGUUAGGCGGCCACUAUACCUGAAUCCUAGAACAUCAUCAAGUGUUCAAGCUUUCUCAAGAAAGCGCGGAUCAUUAGUAUCACCUCCGCUCGAAAAAUACAUCAGUUCAACAGAUAGAAAUAUCGGAGCUAGCGCAGUCAUUAGACUCCAGUCUACGUGUAGCAAUCCACUCGAUAGUUCAUACAUCAGCUCCCAAGUGAUUGCUAAUCAAAUUGAAGGCUUAAAGCAACAAGGUUCUGCUGCUGCAUCUGAAAUGGAAGUGGAAAGACUUAAGAUGGAUUGCACUCAAUAUAUCCAAAAGCUUCAGAAAUGGAAGAAAAUGUACGAUGGCUUGCACGAAUUGUGUGUAAAUGUGGUAUUGGAAAAAGAGAUAAGCUGAUGAAAACCAAUCAAAACAUAACCUGAGCCUAGUAGUGUUUUUUUUCCCAGACCAAGAAGCUUAAAUUUUUUGGAUGUAUUAUAUUUAUCAUUAAACAUGAUUCAGGGAAUUGAGCCCCACUUUUGCAGUUCUUCCCCAUCACAAGUAUUAUCCUGGUUUUUUCACCAGAAAUUUCUGUUGAGGCAUUAUAUAAUUAGAAUAAAAAUAAGAGGGUCAUAUUUUUUUGUAAA